AUGCUUCGGAGAGGCUGUAAAGCCUCCGAAAGGCGAAGACACUUGAAUGAUAGCCUCAGCUGGCAGCAAGACCAAGCGCUGAGUAGCAGCAUCUAUCUCCUGAGACAGAUCGGCCCCAUCGGCUUUCUAUUGAGGGAGGAGGAGCCAGAAAAGGGGGAUUUCCGAGUUUUGCUAGGGAACCCUCAUGAAUGCAACUGUCCGGCGUUUCUGAAGAGGGGGGAACUGUGUAAGCACAUAUGCUGGGUGUUGUUGAAAAAAUUCAAGCUUCCAAGGGAUCAUGAAUCUGCUUUCCAGUUGGGUCUUGUGGAAGGAGAAAUCAAUGACUUGCUACGGGGGAUACAUCAGGUUCAAAGCCCCAAGCUUGGGGCAAGUGAUAAGACUGCACAUGUGAAAGAAGAUGGCUGCCUUAAACAGAAAGCCAUCAGUGCAGAGGACAUCUGCCCUAUCUGCCAAGAGGUGAUGCUGGAGAAGAAACUCCCUGUCACCUUCUGCAGAUUUGGCUGUGGCAAUAACGUUCAUAUAAAAUGCAUGAAGAUCUUGUCUAGUUAUCAAGCUACAGUGUCAAACAGCUCCAUGGUGAAAUGCCCACUGUGUAGGGAGGAGUUUGCACCAUUGAAACUUAUCUUGGAGGAAUUCCGAAACUCUAACAAACUUAUGACCAUAUCUGAGAAAGAACGACUAGACAAGCACCUCGGAAUUCCCUGCAAUAACUGCAAACAACUGCCGAUCGAGGGGAGAUGCUACAAGUGCACUGAGUGUGUAGAGUAUCACUUAUGCCAGGAAUGCUUUGACAGCUGUUGCCAUCUUGCCCACACCUUUGCAUUUCGUGAGAAGAGAAACCAAAGAUGGCGAUCAGUAGGAAAAAGAUCAGAUGUUGUAAAAUAUUUAGAUAUUAAAAACGAGGAAGAAACAAAUACUCCAUAUCUUCAAGAAAAGCAAGGUGAGUUUUGCACACCAAAGCAUGCUAUAAAAGCCCUGCCUCUUCUGCUGAUAACAAAGAACAGCAAGCUGCUUGCUCCGGGGUACCAGUGUCGACUUUGUUUGAAGUCAUUUUGUCUUGGUCAAUAUACAAGACUGCUACCGUGUACUCACAAGUUUCACAGGAAAUGUAUUGACAAUUGGUUAUUCCACGAGUGCAAUGCAUGCCCUAUUGACAGACAAGUCAUAUACAACCCACUGCUCUGGAAAGGCACCACCUUGGAUGGACAAACACAUCAGUUGGCUUCAAACAAAGACAUCACCCAUUUGUCAAAGCAGCAAGAGCCAAAAUUUUUUGUUCCCGGCACUGGGUUAGUUUUAAAACAAAAUAGAACUGGAGUUUUACCUAGCGUUCCUCAGUGUAAUUCUAAAACAUUGACUACAUUGCAAAAUCCAUCAGACGACUAUCAGAAUAUCACAAUAGAUGACCUAUGUUCAGUCAAAUUAGAUAAUUCAGAUUCAAGAAAAUUAGUCUAUGGGUAUAAAGUUAGUCAGCACUUUCCCCCAUAUCUAGAGGAUCCAGCCACUGGAUCAUUUCGGCAAACACCAUCUCAAACAUUCCUUCCCUCCCUUGUUCCUAAGAGUAUUAUUUGUCUUCCUGGAAGGGAAAGCCCACAAGUCUAUGAAAAAUACCACACUGGCCAGAGUCAAAAGACGAGAGGUUGUGACCAUGUGAGCUCUAAUGGAAAGAAAUCUCUCGGUGCUAAAGAAAGACAAGACAAGAGAUCAAGUACCUUACCUACAGAAGGUUUCAAUCUUCCUAUCAACUGGGGAACAGCAAGACUUAGUUUGUCUAAAAGACAUCCCAAUUCCACAGGGAAAGUUAGAAAAAAAUAUAGUCGUCCACCCAGACGACCUGCACACCCUGCUUCACAAACACAAAGUGCUGCUCUGUCUUUAAUAAUGGAAGGAAUUCAAUUAUGA